AAGUGAUAAGUUUUUUUUUAAUUUUGGAAAUUUUGCAAAAUAAAACUCGAAAAUGGUUUUAAAAAAUUAAAAUGAAUUCUAAUGAAAAGAAAAACUGUUUUUCCUCCCGUAGUGUAUAAUUAAGUAUCAGACUUGCGAUUUAAAUGUUCAUUUGUGUGAUGAAAAUGAAUCGUUGCUAUUUAAAACUCGCGUAUUUGAAAAAGUUUCAUAACUUUUCCAGUCUUAAAAAGCUGCACUCGGACAGCAAACAAACUAAAUAUGAUCUGAAGAGAAUACGAAACAUUGGCAUUUUGGCUCACAUUGAUGCUGGUAAAACUACCACGACAGAACGAAUGUUAUAUUAUUCUGGAACUAUCAACAGAAUGGGCGAAGUUCAUCGUGGUGAUACUAUUACAGAUUAUUUGGAGCAGGAGCGUGAUAGAGGAAUAACUAUAACAUCAGCAUCUGUAACAAUACCGUGGUUAAAUCAUCGUAUAAAUAUAAUUGAUACCCCUGGUCAUAUUGAUUUCACCUAUGAAGUCGAACAGUCAUUAAAUGUAAUAGAUGGAGCGAUCAUUAUUCUCGAUGGGUCACAAGGAGUUGAAGCUCAAACAUUAACCGUUUGGAGGCAGGCUGACAAGUAUCAGAUUCCUCGAAUAGUAUACGUAAAUAAAAUGGACAGAUUAGAUUCAUCAUUUGAUAUGUGUAUGAAAUCACUUGAAACCAAAUUUGAACGAGAGUUCUUGCCUCUACAGGUACCACUUAGAGGUGAGAAAACCGGUAUCUCGUCAAUUGUGGAUAUAAUUUCUAAAGACAUUCUAACAUGGAGUGGAGAGCAAGGAGAUAUCAUAAAUCGAAAGAGUUUACCAGAAAAUAACGAUUUGACUGAGAAAAUACAUGAACUGCGACGCGAACUAGUCGAUAAAUUAUCAGGUGUCGAUGAUGCUCUAGCAAAUAUAGUUUUAGAAAAAAAUUCUUUAGAUGAUGUAGGAGUUGUUCCAAUUUACGAUGCUCUAAGAAGAGUUACGUUGUCACAUAAAAUGAUUCCGGUACUGUGUGGUAGUUCUUACAAAAAUAUCGGAGUACAAAAAUUAAUGGAUGCUGUGGUGGAUAUUUUACCAUCUCCUGAUAUGAAAAGUGAUUCUACGUUGUUCGAAGUUUUCGAUGAAAAUUUAUGCGCUCGAGCUUUUAAAGUCGUCCAUGAUCAAAGAAGAGGCGCAGUUACAUUUUUUCGUAUUUAUUCCGGAGUUAUGACGAAGAAUCAGAAGAUUUAUAAUGUAACUGAAGAUAAAAACGAACAAGUUCAACGUUUAAUGGUUGCUUUAGCCGAUGAAUAUGAAGAAGCACCUGAAAUUACUGCCGGAAACAUCGCCGCUGCAACAGGACUUAAAUUUGUUUUUAGUGGAAAUACGAUAACUAAUAAUGAAUCUGUUAUCAAAAAAGCUAUUUCGAAGUUAUCGAAAAAGAAACACUUAUCCGAAAGCGAAAGUAGGACUCGUUUAUGUCCUCCUGCCAGAAUACCAGAUCCAGUCUUCUUCCAGUCAAUAGAAGCACCAUCUAUGGCAUAUCAAGCUGCUCUUGAUCAAGCUUUGGAACAAUUACAAAGGGAAGAUCCGAGCCUUCAAGUCAAACUGAAUCCUGAUACAGGGCAAACAAUUUUAGGAGGAAUGGGCGAACUUCAUUUAGAAAUAGUAAAAGAUCGUAUUCUGAAAACGUAUAAAAUCGAUGCUGAUCUAGGUCCUCUACAAAUUGCUUACAAAGAAUUCUUGACUUCAUCAGCAACAGAAACUCACACAAGCGAUGUUACUAUUCGCAAUGUUCAUCAUAUAGCCACUAUCAGUAUGUCAAUUUUUCCGAGAAAACACGAAAAUCAAGAAUUCAUAGUGUUAGACAAAACUCCUGAAAAUGUCCCGAAUACAAACUUGAUCACUCCUAGACAAUUAAUGCUUAUUAAAAAUGGAAUUGAGUCUGCUUUGCCAAGAGGUCCAAAAAUAGGAUGUCCAGUGAUAAAUGCUUGUUUUAUGGUACAUAAUUUAUUAUCCAAACGAUUCACUCCUGAUAGUGUUCUUACUUCAGCAGCUGCCCAUUGUGUUCAAAAAUUACUAUCACAAACGAAUACCAUAUUGAUGGAACCAGUCAUGGAUUUAGAAGUAAUUACUGAUGAAAAAAAUAUGCCUCUCGUAAUGUCAGAUUUAUCGCGAAAAAGAUCUGAUAUUUUGGAUUUCACCACUCGUGGUCAAAGUAGAAUUGUGAAAGCUGUUGUCCCUCUGGCAGAAUUAUUAGGUUAUUCAAAAAAUUUGAGAAUAACGACGUCUGGAAAUGCUUCAUUCACUAUGGAAUUCAAAUGUUAUAAGGAAGUCAGUGGUGUAAAUGAAGCUGAAGCUAUCAAAGAUAUCACAGGAUUUUACCCGGUAUGAAAUAAAAAUCCUCUUCCAAAAUAUUGUUGUUGUUUUUUUUUUAUAAAAUUAUAAUUCAUGUAAUUUAAAAAUGUAAAGAUAAUGUAAAUAAAAUUUGUUAAAUUUUCGGUAAUAA